GAUUAUUCCUGAACAGAAUAAAGGUUUGAAUGCGUUUUUUAGGUAAAAGUGCGGUCCUUAUUAAACAAGCAGCGCAUAGUUUGAUGUUAAUUGCGAGACGCCUCGUGUGAAGCUCGUCUGAUCGCGUCAGUGCGCUAAUUGUCGUCGCGUCGACUUAAAGAGUCAUUUCCCACAAAAGGGAAUCUAAUUAUUUUCUUUUCUCUUGCACGUUAUCCGCCAGCGUCGCCUUGUUCGCACGUGGGUGGCAAGCGCGCGGUCGCCUCUUUGAACUCCGCGCUCGUGAAGUAGCUAUAAAAGCGGCGAAGAUUGGCUUUUGCGCAUUUUCUCGCGGAUAUGGCGCAGAUCGACGUCGACGCGUUCACUUCCCAGGUUUUGUCCCAGUGGGACUGGAGCGGAGAGGACAGGGCGUUUGGAGACGCCUCGUCGCCGGAGUCCGGGCGCAGAGACGAGCAGCAGAAGCCCAAAGUGAAGAUGAGCGUGAAGAGGAGGAUGAAGGCCAGCGAGCGCGAGAAGCUGCGCAUGCGCAGUCUGGCGGAGGCGCUGCAUCAGCUCCGCGAGUAUCUUCCGCCGGUGUACAGCCGCAGAGCGCAGCCGCUCACCAAGAUCCAGACCCUCAAAUACACCAUCCAGUACAUCAAAGAGCUCUCCAGCGUCCUCGAGCAGCACAGCGUUCCCAUUCAGCUCUGAAAGCGCCGCUGCUCUGGGAACGUUUGGAAACGUUGUAUCAUUUUGUAACAUUGCGGGAAUGUGACUUCCGGAGUUCGGAAGCGUUUGAUGAGCGUCCAGCGUCUCUGAGAACGCUCCCCAGCUGCUGCUGUUGUACAGAUUCAUAUUUGUCUGUGUUUGUUUGUUCAUCCACUCAUGAUUUUACUCGGAUGUAAAUAUUUCUUGCUGAUGCUUGAGUGGAGUGUCGGUGUCUAAUAUUAAGACUAGUGUCUUUUAAACUGGAAUCGCUGAAUAAACGAUUGGUUCGUGUUGAUA